AUGUUCAAAUCCAAAAAGUCGCCAAGUGCUGCUUCACUUGAUUGGAUUUCUAACCAAUAUGGCUUUGGUUAUGAUCAAGUUAAUGACAAGUACAAAGUACUACUUGUUGUGCGAAAUAUGAAUGAUCCAACUCAAACUUUAACCAAAGUUUAUACCUUUGGUGAUGAUUCAUGGAAAACCAUUCAGAAUUUCCACCUUACACCCAUUAGGCCGUCAGGGAAAUUUGUGAGCGGCACUCUUAAUUGGAUUGUUAAAAAAAGAGGUGCAGGUUCUAAUCAAAGUAUGAUACUUUCCUUUGAUCUCGAGAAGGAGACUUACAAGGAAAUAUUGGUGCCUCAAGAUGAUGCUGACAAAGUAUAUGGAGAUACUCUAUAUGUUUUGAAUAAUUGCCUUGGUGUGUGUUAUGAGACUAACCAAACUCAUUGGGUUGCGUGGUUGAUGAAAGAGUAUGGAGUUUUUGAUUCAUGGACUAAAUUCAUAACCAUCCCUCUUGACAAGUUUAACAAACCACUAUGUUUUCUUAUUCCUCUGUUCAUAUCAGAAAAUUGUGUUGUUCUUCUAGUGAACAAAUAUAAUUCCCACUUUAUCCUAUUUAACUUAAAUAGUGGUGAGUUGGACUAUUCAUGGGAUUAUUUUAUAAAAAGUGUCUUCAAUUUUCGACGCAAUCUGCAUAUCUGUAGUGAGAGUCUUGUAUCCCUAUGA